AUGUUGGAGUUUCACACCAUCCAGGAUCGGCUCGAAGAGCUCGAACUUCAGCUCUGUGACGCUCGGAUCGCGGUGGAAUACGCCGUCGCGAAUAACGAACCGCUCGCUGUGCAAGAGCUUGCGACUCUACAAGUCGAACGCGUCGAGUUGCAAGUAAAACAGGAGACGGUACGCGCGUCUCAGCAGGUACAACAGAGCGAUCUCGUACUCCAAGAGCUCGAACUCGCAUUACUCGAACGGCGAAUUGAUUGCGCCACCUCGGUUAUCAACGGCGCUAACGAGGCGCAGAGGCGUCUUGCUGAUCUGGAACUGAAGCGCGCGGCGUUGCUUCUCUCGCAACACAAGAAACAUGUUCAGCGACCCACUCCUUUCACAUUCCCGCCGGGGUCUACUAUGGCGUCUACUGGUUCAAACGAUCUCAUGACUAGGCCUGUACCCUCAUCUACUUCUGAAAUGGCAUCGACUCCCGAUGCGUCAUUCGACCUCUCACCUCCAGCACCCGCUUGUCUGUCUCCGUCGUUGCCUGCCUUUCCCGCUCUGCCCGCUCAGGGCACACCUCGCGCUUUCUCACCGGGCUCCGCUCUUUCGACGCCCGGUGCUCCCGCGGACAAGCCCGUCGCCGUCAGACCUGACACCAGACCCAUACUCGCUGUGGCUGUUGACGAACAUGAUGAAGACGCGCACGACACUGGCGACGUCGAGCGCGAGCUCAUUGGCGAGGAUGCGUGCCAGCCCGCGGGCGUCGCCCGCGAUGCGCCGAAGCCUCGCAAGGGGCCAUGGUUGUCAAUUUACUAA